UUCAAAGUUUUCAAAGAGACGGAACCAGUCGACAAUAGCUAGAUAGAAAAAUACCGCGAACGGAAGCCAAUAAGAGUGGGGAAACCUUUUAUAAAGUGUACCACCCACCUACCAGCAUAGAGCACACAGUGAUUGAACCACUGAGGAGUCUGAGUGAGGCGCGCUUAGUGUUGACUUAAAAAAAAAUCGUGAAAUCGUGAAAAAUCGUAACAAAUCUGAAUCAAAAUGGACGUAGAAGAGUUCCGGACGAGAGGCAAGGAAAUGGUGGACUAUGUCUGCCAGUAUAUGGCCAACAUAGAGAACCAGAGGGUUCACCCUGACGUGGAAACCGGUUACCUCCGCAAACUCUUACCCACCGAAGCCCCGCAGGACCCCGAGGACUGGGACAACAUCAUGUCCGACGUCGACAACAAGAUAAUGCCUGGAAUCACCCACUGGCAGCACCCCAGGUUCCACGCGUACUUUCCCUCCGGGAACUCCUUCCCGUCCAUCCUCGGGGACAUGCUCGCCGACGCCAUCGGAUGCAUCGGCUUCUCGUGGGCCGCCAGCCCCGCCUGCACCGAACUCGAAACCAUCGUCAUGGACUGGUUCGGCAAAGCCAUCGGCCUCCCCUCCGCCUUCAUCACCUGCUCCGAAGGCAGCAAAGGCGGCGGCGUGAUCCAAACCUCCGCCAGCGAGUGCGUCCUCGUCUCCAUGCUGGCGGCCCGCAACCAGGCCAUCAAGUACCUAAAAACCGAAAACCCCCACGUGGACACCGAAGACAGCGCCUACCUCCCGAAGCUCGUGGGCUACUGCUCCAAAGAAGCCCACUCCUGCGUGGAAAAAGCCGCCAAGAUCCUCCUCGUCAAACUCCGCAUCCUCGACCCCGACGAGAACGGCGCCCUCCGCGGCUCCACCCUCCGCGAGGAAAUGGAGAAGGACAAAGCCAAGGGCUUGUUCCCGUUCUUCGUGUCGUCCAUCCUGGGGUCGACGGCGUCGUGCGCCUUCGACAACCUGGAGGAGAUCGGGCCGGUGUGCAAAGAGCAGAAGCGGUGCUGGCUGCACGUGGAUGCGGCCUACGCCGGAAACGCGUUUAUCUGCCCGGAGUUGAAGUACCUGAUGGCGGGGAUGGAUUACGCGGAUUCGUUCAACACGAACCCGAAUAAGUGGCUUCUGGUCAAUUUCGACUGCUCUUGUUUGUGGGUUCGGGACAGGAUUCGGCUGACGCAUGCGCUGGUUGUGGAUCCACUGUAUCUUCAGCACGCCAAUUCAGACGAAGCUAUAGAUUAUAGGCACUGGGGGAUUCCUUUGAGUAGACGAUUUAGGUCGCUGAAGUUGUGGUUCGUGCUGAGGAAGUACGGGUUGAAUGGGUUGAGAGCGUACAUUCGGAACCACAUCAACUUAGCUAAGUUCUUCGAAUCGCUGGUGCGCGAAGACAUUCGGUUCGAAGUUGUGAACGAUGUUAAAUUGGGUUUAGUGUGUUUCCGUAUGUUAGCGAGCGAUAAUGCAAAUCAGAAGUUAUUAGCGAUAAUUAACGCCUCGGGGAGACUUCACAUGACACCGUCAGUGGUUAGAAAUAAGUAUAUUAUUAGAUUUUGUGUCAACUCUGAGCAUGCGAGAAAGGAGGACAUUCUUAUAGCGUGGGAUAUUAUUAAAGAGUAUGCUGCUCACAGCAUGGCGAGUCCGACGAAAGAAAGGCCACCUCUUACCAGACAAAAGUCGAAGAGAUUCUCUUUCACCAGAAGCAUUUCCAAAGAGAUGUACCAGAGGUCUUUGAGUCGUUCGAACCUACUAGAUGGAGCCACCCCUAUUUUGGUGGCAGAUUCAGAUGAGGAGGACGUCGUGGUGGAAGACACUUCCAUACUGCCAGACGAAGAAAGUGUGAUCGAAGGCACCACGAUUUUGCCCGACGAAGAGGAAAAAGUUUUCACGAAAGAAUUUGUAGACGGGUUUAGGAUAAAUGAGAAAGAAAUUAAAUAUAACGGUGUUAGUUAGGGUGUUGGUUUUAUACACGAUACAAUUUAAAGACAACAGUAUUAUUAGUGAUAAGACUCGUUAAGGUACUAGAUUUUAUCCUGCAAUGUUUUUUAUACGUCGUUCAUAGAUAAUUUAUUGUCUGCAGAAUACUCACUUAUUUAUAAAAAUACAUAUUCUGUGUACUAUUUUAAUACUCUAUUAA